AUGAUUUCACUUUAAUUCUAGGUUUUGAUGAUUUUCUGCUUUAAAAACUCAAGCAAUUGUUCUAGUUCCGCCAUCAGUAAGGGUAGAAGCAAAACACCUCUUGGUCAGUCCUUCCCAAGCGGACUACGAUUGGCUUCUCUUCUGACACACUGGAGUUAUCUCAAAAAUGAUUACCAAUUAUCUAAUCAUCUCUUUUCUAUUAACUUUGCCUCUACCUCUCACAUCAGCAAUGAAUUCCAAGCACCUGAAACACAGCUCGAAAAACACCCCAGCUAUGUAUGUUUUCGGUGAUUCUCUCUUUGAAAAUGGGAAUGGUUGCUAUCUUGGGGUUCCCACAAAUGAAGCAUGUUUUCUUCCUUAUGGUAUAGAUUUUGGUGGCAAACCUACUGGCCGAUACACAAACGGCAAAACAGUGGUUGAUUACCUUGCUAUACUUCUUGGGCUACCGUUCCCCCGUGCCUACCUAGGCCUUUCAAAGCAUCAAAGAAGCAAAAUCGCUACGGGGAUUACUUAUGCAUCUGGUGGUUCUGGAAUUCUACAAGAAACCAACAACGAGACAAGUUUGACAUUACCCAUCCAACUAAAGCUCUUUAAGAGAACUGUUCAAAAUGACUUACCAAAGAUGUUCAAGGAGCAAGUAGUGUUGGAGAGGCAUCUAUCCGAAUCCUUGUUUGUUAUCAAUGCAGGGGUCAAUGACUACGGCCAGAUUAAAAACAAAAUCUUGCCUUCUCCUAGCUCAUUUGCUCUGUUCCUGUUAAAAGAAUUUUCCAGACACCUGCAGGAACUGUACAUAAUUGGAGCAAGAAAGUUUUUGGUGAACAAUAUUCCUCCAGCAGGGUGCUUUCCAUCAAUUGCUGCCCGCAUGACACCAAAAGGAAAUUGCAACGAAACAAUGAAUAGGAGGAUUAAUUCUUACAAUAAGAGGCUCCCCGGAGUGCUACGUCAGUUGCAGUCUCGGCUUCCUGGCCUUAUCUUUGUACAUUCAGAUAUUAAUAGGUUCCUCAUGGAGAUGAGGACCACUGCACACAAAUACGGGAUAUUGGAUACAUGGAAGCCUUGCUGCCCUAAUAGCAUUGAUGGUGAUCUCAGGUGCCAUCGCAACACUAUUCCUUGUGGAAACAGAAACACUCACCUUUACUUUGAUGAUCACCCAAGUCAGAUCACAAAUGACAUACAUGUAAGACGCUGCUUCAACGAGACAACAAUUUGCAGGCCCUUGAGUCUCAAUCAACUUGUGCAUGCCUAGCAGCCAGUGACACUGAUGCAAUAUUUUGAUCAGUUGAAUUCUGCUGAGAUAUUGAGAAUCUUGCAUAUUAAGAGUAACAUGCUAUGAGGUAUAAUGUACCUAAGUUAUAGGUGUCUUCGUAUGGUUAUACCACUGGAAUAAAUAAAGUCUGAGGGAUAAUUUAAUAA